ACAACUUUGUGCGCUGUACUCGGCUUGGGGUCUUAUCAUCCACCUGGCGCAUUACCUUACCUAUUACACUACAUUCUACAUUCUACUAUGUCCUCAGCCAGGAAGUUCGAAUUUGUUUUUUCGAUUUCGCGAUGGCGGUGCAAGAUUCAAAUAUGGAUGGAUGGAGAGAGACGUGGCCAGGCCUAGUGUAGUGAUGUGCGCUUGCUACGCAUAAUGGCAGGACUUGCUUUCAAUGGACAUAUUAAUUGAGUAGGAAAGUUUGGCGCACACCGCUGCCCUGCCCUGCCUUGCCUUAGCAGCCUGCCUGCCUGGGCUGGUUUGCAUUGGCCUGUUGGUGUGGUUUUUUCUCGCUCGGACAGAUCUGCACACCCGCGCACGCAGGGCAGGUAUAUAUAUCUGACAUUGACGCCCACCUCGUUUUUGUCGUCUCGUCUUCAUUGUUCUGGAUAUUUACGGCUACUGCUGGUCCUUUCUCGCUCGUCUCUCGCUCUCGAUCCCCACCUGGCUUACCUCGCGUCGCUGUUAUUAUCGGUGUCGUUGCCUGGGCCAUUAUCCUACUUGCUUAUUGUUCUUAACCGGGGCUUGCACUUGCACUCGCGGAUAGAAGCAAAAGAUGCCUUUAGUCAGGUCUAUUGAUAUCAGACCUCGUCAGGCCGAUCUGGUGACAGGCUCGAUAUUCCCUUCACCAUCCCCUAAUUCCAAUGACUCGAGUCAAAGUGAUCAAUCCCAAACUGAUACUAAUGCUCCUCGCAAAUCAUCCAAGUCGCAUGCUCGGAAGCGCGAGGAAGGACAUAUCCCUCGACCUCGAAACGCAUUUAUCAUCUUCCGCACGGACUUUGUAACUAAUGGCGGGAUCCCUUCGACCAUCGAGGCGCAUAGUCAGAACUUAUCUCGUAUUGCGGGGAACGUAUGGAAGAGUAUGUCUCCUGAGGAGAAGAAACCUUGGUUCGCGCGUGCUGAAGAGGAGAAGGCGAAACAUUUGGAAAAGCAUCCGGAGUAUCAGUACCAUCCGACUGAUCCGUAUAUGCUUAGGAAUCGACGGAAGGUAAGGAAGGGGAGGGGAGAGGUUGAGAUGAGGACUGCCAGUCAGUGGUGUGAUGAAGUUGCUAAAGUCUUGAAGGAGGGUGUGGAGGGAGAGGAAUUGGAGAAGGAGUUGAAGAAGAGGACGGCUACCACAACUACUACUAGGCCGAGAGGACCGAUGGUUGUGGAUGACUUCCCGAGUAUCGAGCCGAUCGUCGACGUUGGCUACGUAUCGACCGAGACAAUACCGUGCAUUCCGAGUACGUUUGACGAUCCUGUUAGGCAAUUUGACGCAACAUCGAGUGUUACUGCUCUCCUUAACAACGAGCCACUUCCGUCUACGUUAUCGAUGUCGAUGUCCUCGAGAGAGUCAAGUCCACCGACGUUGUCUGCAGCAUCCUCGACUUCGUCUUCACCAUCUACGAACUCACAUACGCUUUCUCUACCGCCGAUCUCGACGACUCCUCCGCCUUUGAUACUUCCGUCUAAGAUUUCGAUUUCGAGAUCCAACGCUCGGCAGCUUCCACCUCCACCUCCUCCCUUCCCGGGUGCACUACACGUUCCCGACAAGCCUCGUUCAAGUUAUAGAGCCCCACCACCGGCACAACAGUCGACAUAUACAUAUCAGAACGUCCUUCCCUCGAAGAUUCGUUCAUACGGUGCUCCACCACCACACUCAUCGUCUUUCCGAAACCCAAACCCAAUUCCACCAUCCCCGUUCUCCUCGUCCUCAUCAAGUUCAGGUGGAUCUGGAUCGUCAAGUCACCCGCUUUGGCCUUCAUCAUCUUCGGUAGCAAUGCAGUACAGGCCAAGCAACUAUGAGAGUAAUGCUACCACGAGCCGAGGCGAUGCUUGGGCUCUGCGUAGUCCUGUGCGUGGGCCUGUAUCGAUAUCGAUGUCAAUGGCCUCACGACCAGCGGCCUUCGCUAAGGCUUCUUCCUCUAACUUUGCUGCUACGUCUAGGUCGAGGAGAAUGAUGCGAGAACGAGACGCGCGAUAUGAUUCGGACGAAGAUGAAGAUGAAGAUGAAUAUUCUUCUGACCGUGAACAUGACUAUGACUAUGAAUCCGAUUGACAAUGAUAUCCCAUCCCAUCCCAAUCCAUUUUUUGGCUGUUUUUUUUUGCCAGUUGUUUCUCUUUCGAUGACUUUAUUUUUGUUUUAUUUCGUUUUUCUUUGACAGCGAUUAGACAAUUAGACUGUGCGCCGUCCUUUCGUACUUCUGUUUCUUUGACCAGUUACUUUUGAUUGUG